AUCCUUCAGUGCUAAAAUCCACAUAAAAUAAUGAGGGCAGAUUGUCAGGAGUAAAACCAAAUUCACUGAGAGAUAUAGACCGUUUGAGAAAUAUGACCUUUGCAAAGGUUGGGGUGUUUCGUCAAGUCAAGUUUCCUGUUUUUUCAUGUCGGUUCUGGGGGGAUCUGAGAUGUGGAUAACCAAAAACUUCUCAGGCUUCUGUGAUGUCAUGUUGUCUUUAAUUCAGAACAGAAGGACACAGCACUUGUCCAAAAAGCAUCUAACAGAAAAGAAAGUCUGAAACAAUGGCAGGAAUAAUGAAUCCAAGUGGAUGAAACAAAUGUUUGGCUCCUUUGUUUUUCCCACCCGACAGGACUGAGCCCAGAAGAGACCUUUGCUGCUGCAUUGAUGUGAGAUGAGAAUCUGAGUGGCAUCACAGGUGUCCACCAGGAAGCAGCAGCAGGACUUGGAUGGUGGACAUGUGUCUGAGUCCAUGUUGAGCCAGGAGAGACUUGUCUGUCAAGUUCUGGCUCUGGUAGCACACACGGAAGUCUGAGGCUGAAAGAGACGCAACAUGUUUAAAAUGAAGCCACGGUGAGAUAAAACUACAUCUAUCAGCCACACUUGACUCUGUGUAGUGUUAUAAUAAUAAUAUUAACAUUGUUAUUAUUGUUCUUAUUAUUGUUCUUACUAAGAAUAAGAACAUGAAUAAUAAUAAUAAUAAUAAUAAUAAGUAUAAAAUUAAGAAUAACAAUAACAAUAACAAUAAAAACGUAAUAAUUUGUUUUAAGUUGCAAGAUAAGACUUGCGACAAUAGCGAAGAAACGAAGUCGGUCUUACUGAGUUGCAGUUUCGUUUUGAGAAUCUCUUUCAGCGCCGUCACGGUCAUUUUCCCGAACUGCUCCUCAUUCUGACACAGAUCGAGGACCAAACUGUCCCCUCUGGGUCCGCUGACGUAAAGCUGGAUCACCAUGCUGCUGCCUCCUCGGGUGGGAUGAGACACUUGGUUCGAGUAGAACAGUUCUUUCUGAUCUGGCUUUUUUCAUAAGACCUCCUCCAAGCAGAAGUCACGUGAUUUCUGUGAACUAUGGACGAGAUCAUAACUCACCUAACGAAAAUAUCUGGAGAAUGAACAAGCAAACAUGGGCUUCUGGAAUUCUAAACCCGCUGCGGUGGAGAAAUGCUACGACCCGAAAGACCCCAACCUGAGGUUUGUGGAGCGAGAGGACGAGAUGGACGUCUUGUGCGUCAACUACAAGUCUCCAAGAGCGCUGAUGUCCUGCGGUCACUCCGUCACCCCCAUGUCACUCACAAGUUACUGCCGUCGUUUAUUGGAAGAGGGGCGCAGCAGGUUUGUGUGUGCUGUGUGUGAGGAAGAAUGGUCCUUCCAGGAGGUUCAGAAAAUGGCUCUUCUAACUCCUCAAGAGGCUGAUGACUUUAAGAAGAUGAUGUGGGAAAACUAUAAAGAGGAAUUUGAAGUCAAAUCUUGUCCAGGCUGCAAGUCAUCUGUCCUGAGAACCAACCCCAACAACCUCAGUGUCAAAUGCACAGUUUGCAGUGCUGGUAGAGUUGGGAGCUUCGUCUUCUGCUGGCAGUGUUUGAGGGAGUGGAGAGGUCCAGCUCCUCGAGCAGACUGUUGUGACAACGAAGGUUGUAACACAACACCCCUGGAGACACUGAAGAACUGUCCAGACAUUGUCUUUCAAGAUUCAGAUUUAGCCAAGGUCACUGGUUGCCCUUCAGUGCGGGCCUGUCCCACUUGUGGUGUCCUGGUGGAGCACAAUACAACAAAAUGCAAGUACGUUGUUUGCCGUUGUAAUGCAAAUUUCUGCUUCAUUUGCUUGAAGAUGGAAAAGGACUGUAAUACAUCAGGUGGCUGGUUUAAACUCUGCAGUGACGGCGUGGCUCCCAGACAAACUUCCAUACCUUCUCGGCGACAUGUCUGAAGGCAAUGGAGAAGCAACAUGUAAAAUAAGCAAGAAUGAAUAAUUUUACAAGAUCUCAAUGUAAUGUGAACCAUUUCUUCUUUUGGGGCUUUAAAAAAAGAAAAGAGAGAAUUCCUUGUGCUUUCAUAUUCCCAAAAUUAUGGUCAGGUCUGACAGAUUCUAACUGGUUUGAUAGAAUGCCAACAGCUCUCUGCAGUUGCAUUGAGCUGCACUGUUAUUAUAUAGUUACAAGAGAACGGGAAACAGUUUGGAUAUCAGUGUUCGUCAGUGAUAUUCUAUGUAUUGAAGGCAGCUGGAGACGGGACUCACAGCGGCAAAGUUAGAAAGAGAACAAGAGCUCACGAAAGAGAAAAUCAGGAAGUGGUUAACACCAGAAAACAGUUCACGGGUCCACAGCUGAAAAUAAAACGGGUUUGUGCGCCAUCAGCAUACUGCGUGUCAGUGUGUGUGUGUGUGUGUGUGUGUGUGCAGGGGCAAACUCAGAAAAAAAAACAUUUCUAUUGAAAAUGUACAUAAACACGUGUGACACAUUUGGAGGUAUUCAAUCAUUUUGCAUGUGAAAAUUUGUGCACUGACUGGAUGUUGUGGAGGCUGAGACGAUUCAAAAGAGAGCGGCGUGUGUGUUAAAAACCUGCUUGAGAAAACCAUCAACCGCUUUUGCGAUGUGGUAUGAUGGGGUGUCGUGUUCUGCGAUUAUCAGAACUGAAGCAAUUGAGAACAGAUGUCCUUUAAGGGAUUUAUGACAAUAAUCAUGAGAAUGUAUCACUGUACUGAACACUGUUUUGGAGCUAAAAACGGCAGUCUCACAGGUUUAUGCCAUUACACUCAACCAUGACAAAUGGGGAAAGUGGAAAUAAGCAUGUGAGAGACCUCAGUUAUCGAGGUCAUCAGGCAGCAAUUCAAGCCUUUGCUAUAAGAGCGGCUCUUCAGUCUGCUCCUUUUCUCAGUGUAAUGAUUGUAAUUGACUGAACUGUAUGCCGUGUGAAAAUAAAGAAGCCAUGUGGUAUAAUAGCUACAAAUGUCAUGUAACUUUGUAAUGUAAUAUCGGAGCUUGACAUAAACAUUCAUUCAUACAAUGCGUGUAUGUUUUGU